AUGUCAAUUCUUGCAGCAAAUAUCAAAGUUACGUAUAGUGGCAUGGGUUCGGUGCUUGCGUCGAGAAGUGCUGGAUGUUUAGUUGCUAAUAUUCUUGGCGCUGUUCUACAAAACAUUGUCAAAAAACAUUCAGAAGGUCUUCUGUUUUGUACAUUUAUAUUACCGACUAUUGUGGUUUUUGCUACUCCAUUUGUUAUAUCAUUGUUAUUAAUGUGUGUUUUGUCUUUUACUCAAGGACUUUCUAAAAGUCUUACAGAUUUAGAUAAGUCAACAUUUCUAAAUUUUUUAUUGCAACAAGUUAAAUCUGAAUAUAUAUUUUUAGGUGCAAAUAAUCUCUUAUUGAGAAUGUGGGGUGACAAUGCUGCAGCACCAUUAAAUUCAGUUCAUUUAGGAUGUGGACUUGAUGCUGUUUUUGUUAAUUUACUUGUUCGCCCGUUUAUUACUCAAAAAGUUCUAUCGAUCAAUGUUACAAAUCAUGAAGGGGUUUAUUCAACAUCGUCAAUACUUAAUGCAACUAAAGUUAAUCCAAGCAUUGUUAUUCCAUAUUCAAUCACUGAGAUUUUAUGUUUUUUAACUGCUGUUGGACAUAUCUUCUUUUAUAUUCCAGAACUAAGAAAACGAAGACAAAAAUUACAAGUACGACAAACAUUUGAUUUAGAAGAAGAUAUAAUGGCAUUAAAAGAAUGUUUAAUGCAAGAACGAAAUGAAGCUCGUCAAGAAAAAGUUCGUCUUGAAGAAGAAAUCGCAACUACUUUCAAACGAUAUGAAGAACAAGAAAAAGCCAAUGAAUUAUUAAAAAAAAAUGUCGAUGCAGCUAAUCAUAAAGUAUCAGAAACUGAAUUACAAUUACGUACAAUGUAUCGAGAACGUGAACGAUUUGAUAAUGAAAAUGAUGAAGUAAAGAAAAAAAUUCAAGAACAAAAUGAAUUAUUCGAAAUGGAACAACGAGAACAUGAUCGUUUAUUACAAGAAAGGCUUCAAUUUACUGAAUCAUGUGGUAUAGCAUUACUUGAUUAUCAAACAAAAAAAGCUUCACUUGAACAACGAGCAGUAGUCGCUCAAGAACGAACAAAUGAAGAAACCGAAAAACUAAAAACACUUAAACAAAAACAUGAAGGAGUUGCAAAAAAAAUUGAAGAACAUGUUGAAGCAUCAAAAACUUUAGAAAGUACAAUAACAGAAACAGGGAAAGGAUUAGAAGAAAUAAAACAAGAUAUUGCAACAAAACUUGAAAAAACAGCUAAACUUAAUUUAGAUAAUGCUGAAACAACAAAAGAACUUGAAUCAAUGAGAGAAGCUCAUCAAAUGAUGGUUGAUUCAUUAAAAUUACAAAUGGCAACACUUGAAAAAGAACUUCAACAUAUUCGAAAUACUCGUGUAUCAAAACAAAAAGAUCGUGAAACAUUACUUAAAACAAUUGAACAAAUAAAAUUAUCAUCAAGAAAUAAUGAUGUACAACAUAAUCGAUUUGUAACACAGACAACAGUUAAAGUAACUAAUUUAAGUGAACGAAAAACAAUUCUUGAUCGAAAUGCUCGCGAAGAUCAAAUACAAAUUAAUCAACUUGGACAAAAACUUUCAAGUUUAACAGAUGAAUAUCAUCAAAUGAAAAUACAAUUUGAACAACAAAUUAAACAUCUUGAAGAAACAACAACACAAUUGUUAAUUGCAAUUGAUGUAAAUCGAAAGAAAAUCACUGAAACAACACCAGAAUUUGAACAUCUGAAAGAAGAACAUGAAAAAAUGACACGCAUUUAUGAAUCAACCAAAGAAACUAUGAUAGAAACAAAACGUAAAAAACAAGAAAUUCUUGAUAAAAUUUCUAAUACACAACGUGAUAUUCGACAGAAAAAUAAAUCACGUGAUAUAACAAUGUUAGCUGUUAAAGAAUGUCAACAAGACACAAAACAACAUAUGCAAAAAGCACAUGAUGAUAUGUUAAAACUUGAAGAAGAUAUUUAUGAAAAAGGUUGUCGAUUAGAAACAUUAGAAGAUGAAAAUGAACGAUUUCAAAAAACUAUUGAUUAUUUAAAUUAUCAAAUUGAAUUAUUUAAUCGUUUUUCUCAACAAUCAAAUAUUGAUAUAAAACAUCUCGAUGAAAAUAAUCUCGGCCUUCUUAAUAUUCUUGAAUCCGGUUGGAAUGAUGAUCGAAAAUUAGAACAUAGAGCAGCAGAAAAAGAUUUACAAUAUAUUGAUGAUUUAACUGUUUUACUUCAACAUACUGAAAAACGAAAAGUAAAAGUUGGUUCAAUUGUUAAUCGUCUUAUUGGAGAAUUACAACAUUUAAAAUAUUAUCUUGAAGGAAUGUCAAAUCCAUCAACUCCUAUUAUAUCUAAUCCAACGCCUGAUCAUCCAUCACAAACAGCUUCAAGUAGUCGACGAAGCCGUCAUCGUAGUAUAUCAGAUGAACGUGUUCAAUCAGCAAUCACAUCACCAACAACACCAUUAGGUUCUAUAAAAACACGACGUAGACCACAAUCAGCUAGACGUGGUGAUUUAUCAGCACCAACACCAAUUCAACUUACAGAUGAAGUUCGACAACGUGUAUCAAUUUUUGUUGAAGAUAAUUUUGAUAUUAAAUCAAUUAGUAGUAAAAAAUCAUCAAAACAUAAUACAACAAGUCGAUCAACUGGUCAACGAUCAGCACGAACAGAUUUUUCAUCAUGGAAAUCAGUUGUUACUUCAGCACCAAGUCCAGUUGAUGAAAAUGAUCAAAGAAAAACAGCAAUGAAUCCAAGAGUUGCUUUUGCUUGA